GUGGGCGGUGCGCAGAGCGGAAGCAAAACAUGGCUGGCUGUGGCUCACGUGUGCGGUGCAGGUCUCACAACGCUGGGGCCCUGAUACAGCAAUAGCGAUACACAGUCUCCAUAACAGUGUGAGAGUGAGUGAUAGAAUAGCCGCCCUGGGCCCGCACCGCUGGGAGGACAUGAUGUGCUGAGCCCGCAGCCAGCAGGGGAGCUCCAUUCACACCGCGUGUCACCGGCCGCAGUGCGCCGAGUACCUGUGACCGUCAUGGCGAAGAGAAAACUCGAGCAGCACCCGGUUACCCUCCGCUGCCCUCCCUGUAAGAAGCGUUCCUGUGAGCUGCCCCCAUUAUUAGACGAAUGCCCCCCGCAUGGCACGCGGCUCGGGGCCAAGAGGAAGCUGGAGUGUGACCCCGGGCUGCAGCUUGUCACCCCCUCGCCCUGUGCCAGAGGGACCCGGGCAGACAGCCCGGCAGACCGCUCACUCCCUCCCAGCAAGAAACCGAGGGCGGCGCAGACUGAGGGCAGCAAAGCUCCUGUUUAUCAAUGCCAGGUUAGCCUUGUUCAUGUGGGCUUUGUUUUGUUAACUUGUAUCAAGGAAUUGUGUUGGUCACCGUUAUAAAAGCAGGUUUCCCUAAUAAGUACACCUGAGUACAAGUGUGGUGGGUGAAUGGAAUUGUGUUGAUGUUGGCUGUGUUAUUGUGGGUUGGUCCUUGGCUGAGUGUGAUUGUGGGUAUGUGUGUGGCUGGGUGAAUGCGAUUUUAUGUGGCGUUUGGCUAUGUGAGUGUGGAGUGAUUGGCUUGCUUGGGAUCAUUUCCCAAAGCAUAACAAUCCCCCAUGCUGAUGCUGACAUGUUGGCUUCACUCCCAGCGCACUGUUGCUACACCACUUACUUGCUAGGGAAGUUAUUCAGUGACAAGGAGUAGGAAGACCGCCUGUCACUCAAUUUAUGGCUUUAGAACAGGGCUGCCCAACAGGUAGAUCCCCAGAUGUUGUAGAACUACAACUCCCAUGAUGCUUUGUCAUUCUAAAGGCAUGCAAAGCAUCAUGAGAGUUGUAGGUCUACAACAUCCGGGGAUCUACUUGUUGGGCAGCCCUGCUUUAGACCCUGUAUGCCAUUGGCACACCGGUCUAAUAUUGAGGAUUUCAUUGAUGGGUAGUGUUGGAAUCAUUAUUUUUAUUUUAUUUAUUAUUUUAUGACUCUAUUGUCACCCAGACUACUAAAUCUCAUUGCACUUUCGUUGUCCACCUUAGUUUUUGCAAUAAUUACUAGCAGAACUAAGAUUGCUUCUAGGCACAGUCUAUCAGACAGACACUAGAGGCAUGUCCUGGAUUCUAGCGCACUAGAGUCCCUUAAAUGACACAGGACACUCUCCACGAGGACAUUCAGGGUCGGUGAAAAUAGGGUGAGUAAAUUAAACUUUUUUUUUUUUUUUUUUUCUUAACCAUUUAUCUGCUACAGGGGGAGCAUGUGGUAGGAGGAACUAGAGGGCUCUGUAUUAUUACAAACCACAUGAAUUGAGUGAACUUUUUUUAACUAAACAUUUUGAGCCUUUUAUUUCAUCCUGCUUACACACAUUCACUGACAUACAAACACUCUCACUGAUUCUGGCACACACUGUUUAACACACUCUCACUGACAAACACACAUAUACAUACUCUCACCGACACAAAUUAAUUUUAUUUAUAGUUGGCUUUCUUUUUUUUUUUUUUUGGUCCUCUUCCGAUCCUCCCUACUUGGAGUGGAUCUCAUCUAAAUCUAGUGUUCUUGGUGGGCUCUUUAGUAGUGCCAGGACCGGCAAGACAGCAUAUCCUGGCAUCACUGUAGGACGCAUGAGAGAACAAUGCUGGAAGAGCAUGCAGGUUAGAGCCUCCUGCCGCCAGCCUACUCCCCUGUACACUAUAGUGGCAGAACGGGUCGCUAAGGUCGCGGGUUCAACAUUUCUCUCUAAGCUCCCCAAGAACUGACCACCUUAGGGUGCCCCAAGCGGUUGGCUAUGCACUAAGGCAAAGUAGACUUACCCUACUGGCAGGUGCCUACUCUGUAAAAUAUACAGUUCAGGUGGCAAGGGAGCUCUGAUUUUUUUUUUUUUUUGAUUUUUUUUUUUUUUUUUUUAAUCUUCUUCUAGCAUUGCUCCAGUGAAUGCCCUGCAGUAAACCUAAAGGGCAUGCUAGGGAGCUGUGCUGGACAAGUGUGCAUAUUAAAGCACCCCAACUAGAUCUUGGGGAGAGAAUCCACUCCAGCUCUCCCAAAGUAGGAAGGCUGGGCUAAAAAUAAACAAACCUUCAAAAACAUUUUUGAGUGUGUUUGUGUGAGAAUGUGUACCAGUGAGUGGAUUUAUGUCAAUGAAAGUGUGUUGGUUAAAAUUGUGUGUGCUAAUGAGUACAUGUAUGGGUCAGUGAGUGUGUAUGUUUAAAAGGAUGAAAAGGUUUAAAAAGUUUUUCAAUUCAUGUAAUAUGUGUAUGCACACAGUGAGGGGAAAAAAAGUAUUUGAUCCCCUGCUGAUUUUGAACGUUUGUACACUGAUAAAUGAUUUUAAUGGUAGGUGUAUUUUAACAGAUAAAAUAACAAAAAAAAUCCAGAAAAACGCAUAUCGAAAAGUUAUAAAUUGAUUUGCAUGUCAAUGAGCUAAAUGAGUAUAUGAUCCCUAUCAGAUUUCUGGCUCCCAGGUGUCUUUUAAAUAGGUAACGAGCUGAGAUUAGGAGCACUCUCUUAAAGGGAGUGCUCCUAAUCUCAGCUUGUUACCUGUAUUGAUUUAGUAGACCAUCGUCAAGCAGCUUGGUGAGGAGGUGACAAGAGUUGGUGUGAUUAUUCGCAAAUGGAAGCAAAACAAAAUACCUUUUGGUCUGGUGCUCCAUGCAAGAUCUCACCUCGUGGAGUUUCAGUGAUCGUGAGGAAUCAGUCCAGAACUACAAGGGAGGAUCUUGUUAAAGGACCACUAUAGUGCCAGGAAAACAUACUCGUUUUCCUGGCACUAUAGUGCCCUGAGGGUGCCUCUACCCUCAGGGACCCCCUCCCGCCCGGCUCUGGAAAGGGGAAAGAGGUUUAAACUUACCUUUUUCCAGCGCUGGGCGGGGAGCUCUCCUCCUCCUGGGCUGAAUGCGCACGUGCAGCAAGAGCUGCGCGCGCAUUCAGCCGGUCACAUAGGAAAGCAUUCAUAAUGCUUUCCUAUGGACGCUGGCGUGCUCUCACUGUGAAAAUCACAGUGAGAAACACGCAAGCGCCUCUAAUGGCUGUCAAUGAGACAGCCACUAGAGGAAAUAGGGGAAGGCUUAACCCAUUCAUAAACAUAGCAGUUUCUCUGAAACUGCUAUGUUUAUGAAAAAAUGGGUUAAACCUAGCUGGACCUGGCACCCAGACCACUUCAUUAAGCUGAAGUGGUCUGGGUGCCUAGAGUGGUCCUUUAAUGAUCUCAAGGCAGCUGAGACCAUAGUCACCAAGAAAACAAUUUGUAACACACUACGCUGUGAAGAACUUAAAUCCUGCAGCACCCGCAAGGUCCCCCUGCUCAAGAGAGCACAUGUACAGGCCCGUCUGAAGUUUGCCAAUGAGCAUCUGAAUGAUUCAGAGGCGAACUGGAUGAAAGUGUUGUGGCCAGAUAAAACCAAAAUCAAGCUCUUUGGCAUCAACUCAGCUUGCUGUGUUUGGAGGAGGAGGAAUGCUGCCUAUGACCCCAAGAACACCACCCCACCAUCAAACAUGCAGGUGGAAACAUUAUGCUUUGGGGGUGUCUUUCUGCUAAGGGGACAGGACAACUGCACCGCAUCAAAGGGGCGAUGGAUGGGGCCAUGUACUGUCAAAUCUUGGGUGAGAAACUCCUUCCCUUAGCCAGGGCAUUGAAAAUGGGUUGUGACCCAAAACACACAGCCAAGGCAACAAAGGAGUGGCUCAAGAAGAAGCACAUUAAGGUCCUGGAGUGGCCUGGCCAGUCUCCAGACCUUAAUCCUAUAGAAAAUCUGUGGAGGGAGCUGAAGGUUCGAGUUGCCAAAUGUCAGCAUUGAAACCAUAAUGAAUUGGAAAGGAUGUGCAAAGAGGAGUGGGACAAAAUCUCUCCUGAGAUGUGUGCAACUACAAGAAAUGUCUGACCUCUGUGAUUGCCAAAAAGGGUUUUGCCACCAAGUACUUAGUCGAAGGGGUCAAAUAUUUAUUUCACUCAUUGACAUGCACAAUUCAAAAUCAGCAGGGGGUCAAAUACUUUUUCCCUCACUGUAUACAUGUGCAUGUAUUAUUAAUGUGUAUUAUAGUAAAGUAUGUAUAUUAACGUCAUUCAAUUCCUUUGUAUUCACGCUAGCAGAUUUGCAUUUAAAGCUCUUUAAAAUAUAGUUCUCCACCUGUGUGCUAGUGGCACACAGGGCCUUACUGCCAUAGAUAGUGACAGAACUUUAAAAAAAAAAGUGGAAGUUUGAUGACUGUUGUCCUGUACAUUUGAAGUUUGCUUUAAAUUACUAACAGCUUGUUUCCACUGAACACCUGUGUUUUAAAACCUAGAUAAAAACUUACAAUUGCUGUGAUUCAUUUCAAAAUUAUUUCAUUUUUGUAGGAUGAUGAAAAUUUCCGUGAAUACAAUUCAUACCAGUUUUGGAAAACUCCAUUACCAGACAUUGAUUUUUCAGAAAUAACAACUGAGACUACUGAGGACAAUAAAAAGGUUGCACUGAUCACCUCUACAGAUUUGACACAGGACAUGGACAGCUGACCUUUUCUAGUGACUUCAAGACUUCUGAUGGUUUUGGGCAGCUCCAGAUUAUAACUCUGAGAAGUAGUAGGCUUUUGUAUGCUAAUUUUGAAUAGUACAUUUUAGAAUAUUUCAUAUAUAUUUCUCCUCUAUUUUGCACAGUACCAAGCAGGAGUUUUAGUACACUUGUGUAGUUUUAGUACACUAGCUUUACUUCUUAAAUGAUAGAAAGCCAUGUUACUGAUCAAAGCAAAAUUCAGGAACUUUGUAAAUUGUUUAUGAAGCUUGUAUAUAAAAAGUGGUUGUGGUGGUUUGAGUUAAACAAGAACUUUUGAGCACUCAUCACUUCAGCUUUUGAAUCAAUGUUCAUCUGAACAAGGCGUAUCAUUUUAUGAAUGGGGUUCUUUUUAAUAUUUGUGCUGCUAAACCCUGGCCUGUUAACCCCUUAAGGACCAAACUUCUGGAAUAAAAGGCAAUCAUGACAUGCCAUGUGUCCUUAAGGGGUUAAACAUAGGUCCAAUAAAGCAGAUGUUAAAAUUCCAAAUUUUAAACUUAUGAGUACAUUCAUAAUUUGGCUCUUUAAUAUAAAAUGAAAACUGGCAAUUAAAUUCUAAUGUGACUGAGCACACAUUUUCUUGUGACAUCAUUUUUUUUAAAUUUUUUUUUUUUUUAAAUGGAUCUAAAUAUAUAGUAGUUAAAUUAAGCAUACCCAAGUUCUUUAUUUGGUUUCCCCAUGACAUUUGUGUUUUGUAAUGUGGUUUUGAUUAAUCAAAUUAUAUUUCUUUUUGUAGGACGAUGAACUCUUCCGUGAAUUCAAUUCACACCAAUUUUGGAAAACUCCAUUGCCAAACGUUGACUUUUCAGAAAUAGAGACUUGUGAGGACAGUAUCAUGAGUGCACCAAUCACAUCUACAGACAUAACAGAGGACAUGGACAGCUGAUGUGCAAUUUUUGAGACUGACUGCAAAAGUCUUUGACCAAUUCCAGUUGACACCUGCCAGAAACGUAAUUUUUAUAAAAUUACACGUUUAACAGCGUGUAAGGUCAAAAUGAAAACCAUGUUAUAAUGUACAAAACAUUACAAGUAUUAAAGCACUGCUUAGGACCCUUUAAAAUUUUAUAUAAGCUUUGGAUUGCUCUAAGCAGUCACCCUUUGCAAUAGCAACCCCAUAGACAUGAGAGCUUGAAAAGUUUCAGUCCUGUUGUAAAGGCAUAAUAGCUGUGAUAGCCAUGCUUGUUUCUUGACAUGAACUUCGUAAAGAUGUUACCAGGCAAGCAACUCAAAACAUACCAUCACCUUCUCCAUGUUUCAAAUUGUCUAUGCCUUUGCAUUGAGAAAUGCAUUGAUGUGCUGACUGUGGAGAUGAAGCCCAUCAAGGUACUGCAACAAUUUGGUUGUUCGUGUACCUCUAAAAGAAACAAAACCCUGAUUUUAAAAAAAUAUACACGCCUUAAAUUUUACAACUGCUAAUAGCAGAAGUAUAGUGUCUCUUGCACAUAUGCACAUAUGAAUACAUUUUGCUACUGAGAAAGGGUUUUGCGUAGGUUUUGCAAUGCAAGCAAUUUUAUAUCAUACAUUGUUUAUAUAUUUUAAGUUUUGGUACUUCAUUCUCUAGGUUUGUAGACUUUUGGGGACAUUAUAAGACAGUAUCCAAUGAAGCAAUAUGACCUGUUACAAAAAACACAUUUUAGUUUUUAGUGUAUUCUUUUUGUUAAUUAUUGCUAUAUGAAUAAUUAAAAUUUUUGUGGACAUUAUGUUUAGUGUAAUUAUGCUUUGCAAAGUUGAAAAUAACCUACAUUCCAUGUAGUACAUAUUAAAAAUAAAAAACUUGUCAAAAUAACUAAAGCAGUAGCACAAUCUGCUUGUACAGCAUGAUAGGCUUCUUGUCCUGACAAAAAUUUUUUAGAAAGAUUGGCACCGCUGCUUAGAGCCCUGGACUUUGACAGUGGUACUUUCUACUAUGCGUUUUUACAAAUUGAACCCCAAAAGUAAAACGGACGCAAAAAUAACUGAUCUGGAGAAAAGCUCCUAAUCUGCUGUACUGUAGUCACAAAUUGGCUAUUUUUGCUUCCGCUUUGCCUUUUGGAUUUAAAGUGUGAAAAUUUGGAGUUUGUGAAAUUUAGAAGUGCCUCAUCCUUUACCACCUAUAGAUAGUAUCUCCCUUUUGUCAUCUUCCCAUAGUAUGUAUGGGCAGGCAGGGAUUUCUGGUUGUGAGUUUGUGGUGUAUUUUUUUUUUUUUUUAAGUUUGAAGUGAACACAUGACGUAAAUGGCAUCUUGAUGUUUCAUCAUGUUUUCUUUGCACCUUAUAUUACUUUAAUUGUUUAUGCAUAAUCCUUCAUAAGUUAAUCGUUAUUUUAAAUUGGUUUUCCUCCUGUCAGUUCAUUAUUCUAAUGUCGCAUUUCAAAAUAGAAAUACCUAUCUAUUUUUUUUUUUAUAUUAUUUUUGUGCUGUGCAGAAUCAUUUCAGCUGAAAUGACCUAAUUAUUUUGUCUGUUAAUUCUCCUAAUUAAAUAGUUUGGGUAUUUAUACUGACUCUGUCCACUUGGUGAUCUUACACCAAAGAACCCAGGACAAUUUUCAGUGUAUGCCUGGUUUGCUGCAAACAGAACAGACUACUAUGUUGACACUGUGCCUCUUUUAUAAAGAAAUGUUUAUGGGAAAUCAUCUUUUCAAAAUUCAACUUUAUUAUUUUUAUUGUACAAUGUACAUACAAGGACAAUGAAACACAAUUUGCCUCUGAACAGAAAUGCAGCAGCAAUUAAUAAAAAUACUAUUUGAAAAUGUA